CUGAUACUGCUGACAGGUGUGUUUGCUCUUUUAGCAAGAACACGUAGAGGUUCACUGAUGCGAACCUACUGCCAUUUUCCAAAGGUUCACCCAUCUGUAUUGGCCGAGAUGGAGACGCAAUACUAUCAUGGUCAUGUAUCUCGUUCACAGUUAUCGCCAGUUGCGCAUGCGCUGGAAAUGUCGCCAUGGCCAGGGCCGCUGAGAAUCAUGGUCAACUUGAUGGAAGAUAUAUGUUUCACGUAAUCUGGGUCAUGCUGGCCUGCCCACUGCUUGCCAUUAUUCUACUGCUGUUCCAAAUGCGGCUUCAAUGGCCAUCACCGACCUUCUCAUCUGCACUCCUAUGUCUGCUUUUCUUCAUUUUCCUCUGCAUUGCCUAUGUUGCGAUUCCUGUAGGAGGACUAAAGUAUUUUGCUACUCCUGAUGUUCCUCUGGCGAAUGCCAGGAUGCUUGCACCUACAGAACUGGGCAUUACGUGGCUUUCGAUCGUCGGCUUACAAGUCGAGUUCCGAUACAAGGCUUUCACGUCGAUUGUAUAUCUAAUUUGUGGGCGGAUUGCAGCCCGCUGGAUCUUUGCUCCAGCAUUUUUGUUUGGCGGUGACUGGGAACCUGCUCUCCAGCUAGCCCUCGGUGUUGUCCUCACUUUGCGGUCAGCCUAUGUACGGGAGUGGCGAACAAAAAUCAGUUACCUCUUUGCACCUGACGGCAGCUCAAGCGCCAAUAACUCUCUGCCUGAAAUUUCGCGGGACGGUCGAUCUCGAUGCUGGCUUAUACCCACAUGGAUGACGGCCGCCAAGUUGCAUGUUCUUCGGCAGUACCGGUUAGCCAUGGCACAAAAGUUUGAUGAUGCGGAUCUAGAAAGAAGAUUCUGCAUCGAGUACUCUGGGAGUUCACUAGUCGAUGCGAGAAUCACUUACCUUUCGACUAUAGCAUCCGCUUGGUUAUCAUUUCUCGGAUUAUUUGUAAAGUACCACAGCAACGAGCCUUUAGAUUUUUGGAUGCUCAUGGGCUUUGGUGCUAUCAUCCCUGGCGCAUGUUUGGUUGCAUUAGGGUUGACAUGGAUCCCCGGCUUAGGCAAAGUCCGUCCGAGACGGCAACAAAUCUGCGUUACACUCUGUUACCUUCUCAUACAAGCAGCAAAUCUGGGACUGAUCCGACAUGGCUCACUAGUGCUGCAAGAGUCGACGGACGGGGGUCAUCAUGGCGCGGCGCUAGCCGGAUGCAUAUCGGCGCUCUUUUUGCACAUUAAUUUCAUGAUUGCACGCAGUUCUUCAGAGUGUGUCCGCGGCCCUUAUGCCGUUGCAUGCGCUGGAAUCGAUCUGUCUGCUGCGGUUCUGAUACCCAUGAUGGCAAAGACCGAAAAGGCAUAUACACUGAUCUUUGUUUACGGCUGCGCGGGACUCGUGGUCGGCGGCGUUCUUUCACCAUGGACCGAAAGGACGCAGCGAAAGUAUUUUCAAACCGUCAAACUGCGGCUACAGCAACCAUCGGAAGAAAAACGCAAAGGAAAAAAGAAGAAAAGGGGGGUCCCAGAUCAAAUAUCGACGGUGGGGACAACCACUGUUCAGGAACUGAGUCCAACGGAGAAAAGGACGCUAAAGUGCUUGCAGGGAUCAGAGGCGCGACUGGGGCCCUUUGGAUCAGGUAUCCUUAAAUCUGAACCGAUGCAGGAUGCUGGACCUGCCACGCCGAUGACAGAAAUGGCUGAAGAUGACGUUAAGCUGAGUAUGAGCCGUCGACUGCUGUACGGAGAUGACAUUGCAUGAUCUUGUAUAUAGUAAUGAAAACGUUGAAGCACCGUGACU